AUGUUCAGCUGGUCACUAUCUAAUUCUUCUGCAACAUUGAAAUCUGUUAAAUCACUAUCGUCGUCAACAUCCUCGUUUGGUCGAACAUUUCUCGAGAAUUUUACUCGUUCUUCAUUGUAUUAUUCAUUAACAUCACUUGAUAAAACCAAUUUAUGGAGCAAAUUUUAUGUUGAACAUGACGAGAAUAUCCAAAAAGUUUUGGAUGUAGUAUCCGUAGAUCAGAAAGUGAUCACAAAUCCGAAUGCUAAUAAACGACGACGUACGGUGAUGGUUACUCGUACUGAUGGACAAGCGUUUGGUUUCACUUUACAAACAUAUUUGCUCAAACGAAAAGAUGAGGAUGUGCCUUCAAAAGUAACUUACGUUGAUUACGUACAACUUGAAAGUCCAGCUGCUGAUGCUGGCAUUCGUGCGGGUGAUGUGAUAAUCUCCAUAAAUGGUUUGAUUGUGACCGAAAUGGGUCAUGAAUCAUUGAUCAGAUUGAUCAGUUCUUGUCACCAAAUGCGGAUGAUUGUCAUUUUUGAAAAUAUUCGACAACGAAUAGAAUUAGUCGCUCGAACAAUUAAACUUCGCAAAAUCCUUAACGAUAAAUUGUAUCAAUUGAAUCUGAUUGAUAUCGAAGAGCAGAAAAUUUUAAAUAGAGCUUACUUACGUUCGUUAUCUGCACAAAAGAAGCUUCACUCUUUGACUGAUUCGUUAUCAUCAGCUGGUACAUCUUCGAUAUCUUCAGCGAGCUUAACGCCUUCUGAACCUGGUGAAAUUAGAAAUGAUCCCAGACCAUGUGUGAUACGCAUACCAACGAUUAUGAUACCAAAUCGUGGCACAGGCAUAGAAGCAAACAAAAAUUUAUUUGGGAAACAGAUAUCCGACCCAGCAGUUUUUCUAAAUGCUUCUUCUUUGACACAGCCAACAAAUUUAACAUUAUCAAGAAGGUCGAAGGUUAAAAGAGAUGAAGUGGAAUCCGAAGAAAUUCAACAACGAAUUUCUUAUUAUGGAUCUGAUUUAGAAGAUUUUGAUCACAUUAGCACAUCAUCAAAUGUUACUGCAGAAAUUAGUGAUAUUCCAAGAAUUUGCGAAAUCUUUUGCGAUAAUAAUGUUGAUGAUAGCGAAGAUAUUAGCUACAAUAGUUUUGAAAAUAACGAUUGCGAAAAUUAUGAAGGAAGUAGUGAUAAUGGUAGUGCUGAAUUUGCUGAUGAUAAUGAUUCUACAUCUCCCCUGCAAGAAGUACGAUUAUCUGAAUUUGUAUUUGAUUCUGUAGCUCUUAAUCAUGUAAUCAGGUUAGAUAAUGGUGUUAUCAGUAGUCAGAACAAUAACAGUGAAAAGUCAAGGUUUGAAGUUGCAAACUAA